AUGGUCGAUGCAGAUAAUAAACCCACUGCUAAACACGAUGAAGUCCGGUCCGAUCCUCCCCUUAUUCAGCGCAAGAUAUCUGUGCUAGAAGAUAUCAAACGAUCCCCGAAGGUGGCAGGAUACUGUCUUGCACUGACUUCUGGCAUUAUCCUCUACGGCUAUGACUUGGCCAUUGUAUCCAAUGUCUCUUCCAUGCCGGAGUUCCAGCAUGACUUCGGUCGCAAGCUCGGUGGUCAGUUGAUCAUUCCGUCCCUCUGGCUGGGUCUUUGGAAUGUCGCGAACCCCAUCGGAGGCAUCUUUGGUGCCAUCUUCGGAGGUUACGUGCAGGACCGGUUCGGUCGACGUUCCUCUCUGGCGGUCGCAAGCAUCAUAUCGGCCAUAGGUGUCGCGAUCGCCUAUGUAUCGAAUCUCCCUGGGGAGAUCGAUGGCCGGCGAGCGGUUUUCUUCGUAGCCAAACUAGUCCAGGGUUAUGCUGUCAACAUGUUGACAUGCACAAUACAGACAUACAUGUCGGAAGUCCUGUCUCCCACGCUGCGAGGUCCGAUCCUUGCCUUCUUCCCUCUCUUCACGUUACUAGGCCAACUAGUCGGGAGCAUCGUCGUCUUCACAUCUCUAAAGGAGAAAGGCCCAGGCGGCUACCUGAAGUGUUUCAUCUCACAAUGGCCGUUCUCAGCCCUCCCCCUUCUCGUCUCGAUUAUCCUUCCCGAAAGCCCAACGUGGCUCGUCCGCAAAGACAGAAUGGAAGCAGCCCGGAAAUCCCAACGGCGACUAGACUCAGCAAGGGUGGAUUCCGAGGCAGCCAUAGAGAAACUGUGCUCGUCCAUCCGGCAUGAAGACGAGCAAGCGCAAAACCACCCCGCCAGCUACCUCGAGUGCUUCAGAGGCAACAAUCUCCGUCGGACAAUGAUUGUCUUAUUCGCUAAUCUGAUCUCGCAGCUCUUCGGUCUAACCCUCAUGUCCAAGUCUAGCUACUUUCUACAAAUCGUUGGCAUGGGAGCCACUAAUAGUCUACUGUUUCUCGAGGUUGGGAUUGCACUUGGUCUGGUCGCUAAUAUACUGAGUAUGUGGACACUGUCUCGGUUCAACCGGGUGCCACUUAUCAUGGUUGGUUUGGCGAUCACAACUCUCCUGUGGACUGGGAUGGGCAUUCUAGGCUGUUUCCAGGGUGUGGUUACCAUUUGGUGGUCUGCAGUCACAAUGAUGCUAGUCAUCACCGUUUGCGGCGCAACAGCUUGGCCAGCGUCCUAUGCCGUUGGCGCCGAAGCAUCUGCACUUCGUCUGCGUGCCAAAUCACAAGGCUUGGGAUGGGUGAUGAACGGAUUAUCCAACGGGGUCUUUGGUCUCGUAUUGCCGUACAUAUUCAACCCGGACCAGGGGAAUCUGCGUGCCAAAACAGGGUUUGUGUAUACUGGCCUGUGUCUCGUAGGACUGGUGGGAACAUGGUAUGUCGUACCCGAGAUGAAAGAUCGGACGCCUAUCGAAAUCGAUCGGAUGUUCGAAAUGCACCUCCCUGCGAGGAAGUUCAAGGCGCAGACGUUCAACGAUGAGAAUUCAGGAACUUCUCCAAAGAGUAGGUCCGCAACUCCGGUAUAA